AUGAGCCAGAUAAUGAAUAUGAGCCAGAGCCUGAACCAGAGCCUAUAUAUGAGCCAUGCCGUGCCAGAAACCGAAGAACCAUAUGUAGAAGCGGAGCCAGAACCAGAGCCGGAGCCGGAGCCCGAGUCAGAGCCGGAGCCGGAGCCGGAGCCAGAACCCGAGCCGGAGCCCGAACCGGUGCCUCAACCCGAGCCCAAACCAGAGCCUGAACCCAAGCCAGAGCCGGAGCCUGAGCCAGAGCUUGAACCGGAGCCGGAGCCUGAGCCCGUACCUAAACCGGAGCACGAACCUGAACCGGAGCCUGAACCUGAGCCAGAGUCCAAACCAGAGUCCGAGCCGGAGCUGGAGUCUGAACCUGAGCCAGGGCCCAAACCUAAGCCAGGGCCCAAACCUAAGCCAGGGCCCAAACCUAAGCCAGGGCCCAAACCUAAGCAAGGGCCCAAACCAGAGUCCGAGCCUGAACCGGAGACCGAACCAGAACCGGAGCCUGAGCCAGAUCCUGAAUGCGAGCCAUUGCCUAAGAGCAAACUUAAACCCCCGCUUAGCGUACCGUUUUUUCAACCUCCAAGAUUAUCAAGAAGAAGAAAGUGCUGGAGAGAUAAAUUUUACGGGGAAUGGAGACGUAAAUCACUGAACUGGUACAGGUUCCUCCUGUUCGGCCCCUUUUGA